AUGUUUUUGAGCUUCUGUAUAUUUAGGUUUGGAUUUUCUUUUGUCAUCAUGUGCAUUAUAAACAAGUCCACAGCAGCCACUCUACCAGAACUGAGUCCUCAGAAAUAUUUCAAUACAUUGCAACCUGGAAAAGCCUCAUUAGCUUAUUUCUGUCUAACUGAUUCUCCAAAUACUUCAAUAUUUCUUGAAGAAUUGAAGAAAGCUGUUCAGCCUCUCCAAGAUUAUGGAAUUUCAGUGGCAAAGGUUAAUUGUGUCAAAGAAGAGAGAUCAAGGUACUGCGGGAAAGAAAAUGAUUUGAUGAAAGCGUAUUUAUUCAGGGGCAACAUAUUACUGAGAGAAUUCCCUACUGAUACCUUAUUUGAUGUGAACGCCAUCGUUGCUCAUGUUCUUUUUUCUCUUCUUUUUAAUGAAGUAAAAUAUAUUACUACUCUGGAAGAUCUUCAGAAUAUAGAAAAUGCUGUAAAAGGAAAAGCAAAUAUUGUAUUUGCUUAUGUAAGAGCCAUCGGAACACCAGAACACAGAGCCGUCAUGGAAGCUGUUUUUGUGUAUGGGAACACAUACCAAUUUGCCUUAACCACAGAAAUUGCAGUUUUGGAAAGUAUUGGUACUGAAGAUAUACGAUAUGCACAUCUCUACUUUUUUCAUUGCAAACCAGUCUUGGACUUCAGCGAGCAGUGUAGAAGAACACUAAUGGAACAGCCACUAACUACACUGAACAUUCACCGGUUUAUUAAGACAAUGGGAGCACCUCUUUUGACUGAAGUUGCUGAAGAUCCUCAGCAAGUUUCAACUGUUCAUCUUCAGCUAGGAUUACCACUGGUUUUUAUUGUUAGUCAACGAGUCACAUAUGAGGCUGAUAGAAGAACUGCUGAAUGGGUUGCUUGGCAUCUUCUAGGAAAAGCUGGAGUUCUUCUCUUGUUAAGGGACUCUUUGGAAGUGAACAUUCCUCAGCACACUAAUGUGGUCUUCAAAAGAGCAGAAGAGGGGAUGCCAGUGGAGUAUUUGGAGUUACAGGAUGUUGAUUUAAUACUGUCCCAUGUGGAAAGUAAGGUGGACACUGAGACAAUCCCAGAGGAAGAAGAUGAUGACAUCGAGGAUCCAGAUCCCGAUACUCAGGAUGAUGAAGUUGCUGAAAGUGUUUAUAGAGAUAGGAAGAGGUGGUUACCUUUGGAACACACUGUGGAACUGACAGAAGAGACAUUUAACUCUACAGUAAUGACCUCUGAGAGCAUAGUGCUCUUCUAUGCUGCUUGGGAAGCAGUAUCCAUGGCAUUUCUGCAAUCAUACAUUGAUGUGGCAAUUAAAUUGAAAGGCACUUCAAAAAUGCUGUUUUCUAGAGUGAAUUGUGGAGAUUGGUCUGACAUAUGUACCAAGCAAAAUGUUACAGAGUUUCCUCUUGUAAAGAUGUACAAGGAAGGUGAGAAUCCAUUGUCUUAUGCUGGUAUGCUUGGAACAGAAGACCUUCUAAAAUUUAUUCAGCUGAGCAGGAUUUCAUGCCCGGUGAAGAUAAUAUCUGUCCAAGAGGCAGACCGAUAUUUACGUGGGGAAUUGUAUGACGACCUGCUCUCCUAUUCUACUGUGUUGGUACUUGGAAUAUUUACCCCAACCAUGACAACAGAAAUAGAAGAUUUCACCAAAGCAGGAAAUUACUUAAAAGGAUAUGUCAUCACUGCAUUUUAUUCUGAAGAAGAUGUUUUUAUAUUGUCAGAGAAAUAUGCUUCAACAGUUCCAGCCCUGCUGCUUGCCAGGCACAAAGAAGGAAAAAUAGAGAGCAUUCCACUAGCUAACACUCCUAGAGAUAUAGUUCAAAUAAUAACAGAUUCAUUACUGGAAAUGUUUCCAGAAAUCACUGUGGAAAAUCUUCCUACUUAUUUACAACUCGGGAAACCAUUACUUAUUUUGUUCAGUGAUGGCAGCAUAAAUCAUACGCAUGAAGAAGUAGUACUGACACUGAUAAAACGAAAUCAUUUGGACUCGCUUAUUCCUUGCUGGUUAAACCUAAAGAACACUCCUGUGGGGAGAGGAAUCCUGCAAGCAUAUUUUGACCAUCUGCCUCCCCUUCCACUUCUCAUUUUGGUGAAUCUGCAUUCAGGUGGCCAAGUGUUUGCAUUUCCUUCAGACCAGUCUAUAACUGAACAAAACCUUUUAUUGUGGCUUAAGAAAUUAGAAGCGGGACUUGAAAGUCACAUCAAAGUUUUACCAGCUGAGGAAUGGAAACCUCCUCUUCCUGCUUAUGAUUUUCUGAGUAUGAUGGAUGCUGCAUCAUCUCAACGUCCCACUGGGAAGGCUAUGGAGUAUAUGAAAGAAACUGAAGAGCCAGAGGAUGACAAGGAACAACAUGAAGAUAGAUCAACAGUCAGAAAAGAACCAAUUGAAACAUUGAGAAUAAAGCAUUGGAGUAGAAGUAAUUGGUUUAAAGAAGCAGAAAAAUCAUUUAGACAUGAUAAAGAGUUAUGAUUCUCAAAGGUCUGCUAA